AUGAGCAUCGAGACACUAGAGAGCAAGACUGCUUCAUCAGCAUCAACAUCUGCUACUUCAUCUGAGACUAUCUCCAAAGCCAAAGAGAUCACCACACCAGCAGAGACACCAACCACAGAAGAGGAAGAGAAAGAGAAAGAGAAAGAGAAAGAGAAAGAAAAAGAAAAAGACACAUCCAAACGUUCAAUCUACUCCCCAGCAAAUCUACUCUCAAGCCUCCUCUCUCCAUUCUCCUUCUCAAGCACGUCCCCAGAGCCAACCACCACAAUAUCUCCAAGCAAUGAUAAAGAAAAAGAGAAAGAGACCAAAAGUCCAACUAAAAUAUCAAUCGAACCCCCAACUUCAGACUCAACAACACAGCCAACUCCAGAACCAUAUUACACCCCGGAAGAAACACCCCUGUACAAAACCCUCUACAAGACCCGUCUAACCAAAACCCGCACAAAACAACUCCUCCGCGCAGGAGAGCGAGCAUACAACGACCCACCACCUCCACCAGGACUGGGUGAUUGUUGUGGCAGUUCGUGUGAUCCUUGCGUAAGGGAUUUGUGGAAGCAAGAGAUCGGGAUUUGGAGGGAGAGAUGGGGGGAUUGGGCCGUUGAAGACGGGACGGAUAUUCCAAAGGAGAAGAAGAGUGAGAAGAAAGAAGAGAAAUUGGCGAAGAGGAAAGAGUUGGAAUGGUGA